UGUUUCUGUUUGAGAUCAUUCUGAAGAAAAGUAGGCUUGAGCCUCGCUUUCGUGAGCACACAUGGGGGGAGCAUUUACGGAUCCCCUUGUGGCACAAACUGCGAAGCCAGGCUUGAGCCCAAGAACGGCCUUGUCUGAAAACUUGGCAUUAUGUCUAAACCUUAUCACAGCCACUUUGGGCUGCGGCAUUCUCAGCUUGCCAUGGGCAACAGCUGGGGCAUCUCUCAUAUCGGCCAUUUUGCUGACGCUGGUGAUUCUCGCUGUGAAUGGAGCGACCAAUAUGGUAUUGGUUUAUGCAGCAGAGAAGCAUCACACCUUCGAUUUGGGAGCUUUGCUUGGAUGCCUUCCAGCCCAAGGAAAAGUGGCGAAAGCAUUCUGCGAAAUGACAAUCUGGCUUACUGUUUUCAUGUGUUUGGUGGGAUAUUUGAUCGUAGUAGCAGACAGCAGCGAACUUUUGCUGCCUGAGUUGCCUCGCGCUUUCAGAGUAUUCAUGAGUGCAGGCGUCAUUUUGCCACUAUGCUUCCUAGAUCAAAAGCAUUUGGCCUUUUCAUCAACACUAAGCAUUGCUGCCAAUAUCUAUGUUUGCGUUCUUUUGGCGACGCUGUGCUUUUCUGGCUGGCGCAAGCCGUCCGAAGAUGAGGCGGAGCAAGAUUUCUGUUUGCUAGGCUAUGGGGAGGGCACUGUGACAAUGGUUAGUGCACUUAUGCAAGCAGCAGUUGUGCAAAUGUGCAUCCUUCCAAUGUAUGAAGAAAUGGUUGGCCGCAGCCCAGAGCGCUUCGCAGUGUGCUUGACCUUCAGCUUCAGUUUUGUCGCACUGCUGUUUGCAACUUUCUCUGCAGUCGCUUAUUUUGUUCUUGGACCAACCGUCUCUUCAAAUGUUCUUCUUGACCUGCCUGCUGGGAUCUUCGAUAAUUUGGCCCGUGUUGCUAUGGCCAUUGCAGUGAUUGGUGUGUAUCCCAUUUUGCUGUCUUCAAUGGUUGCGCCGAUCAAGCACCGCAAUGAUGAAGGAUCAAGCAGGCUGGCCGCUUUGGGCAUAGUUGCCUGUAGUGGGGCUGUGGCCUCAUUAACCUCCAACCUUGGACAGGUCAAUGUCGUCAGCGGUGCCUUUCAAGUUUUUGUGUUUGUGGCUUUGUGCCCUGGGCUGGUUGGCCUGUUCUUGCUCACAGGCAGUAUGCGCUGGAAUCUCUGCAUGGUUUUGCUCAUGAUCGUUGGCUUCAUGGUCUCUUGCGCAGGCAUUAUGUACACAGACAAUUUUGUGGACAACCUGCAGGCCAGAUGCAUGUGGGUCUUGCCUCGUAUGCCUUGAGAAAACAUGCGCGCCCUCACCAUGCAUGCUGACCAGCUUGUGGGUAGCUUUGGAGUCAUUGGGACGGGAAUGUCAGGGCAAACGCUCCUGUACUUGUGAAUCUUCGGCAGAUUGUCCGCAUGCCCAAAUGGCUGGUCUCUGUAUACAGCAGGGAAGGGAUAUGUAUCUGUAUAUACAUACACGAGUGGACAGAAAGUUGGAAUGCGGACUUGGGCGGCGC